AUGAUGGCCAGCUACCCCGAGCCCGAGGACGCCGCAGGGACCCUGCUGGCCCCGGAGAACGGGCGCACAGUCAAAGAGCCCGAGGCGCCGCCGCCGAGUCCGGGCAAAGGCGGCGGGACAGCACCAGAAAAGCCGGACCCAGCGCAGAAGCCCCCGUACUCGUACGUGGCGCUCAUCGCCAUGGCGAUCCGCGAGAGCGCCGAGAAGAGGCUCACCCUGUCCGGUAUCUACCAGUACAUCAUCGCCAAGUUCCCGUUCUACGAGAAGAACAAGAAGGGUUGGCAGAAUAGCAUCCGCCACAACCUCAGCCUCAACGAGUGCUUCAUCAAAGUGCCGCGCGAGGGCGGCGGCGAGCGCAAGGGCAACUACUGGACGCUCGACCCGGCUUGCGAGGACAUGUUCGAGAAGGGCAACUACCGGCGCCGCCGCCGCAUGAAGAGGCCCUUCCGGCCGCCGCCAGCGCACUUCCAGCCGGGAAAGGGGCUCUUCGGGUCGGGAGGAGCGGCGGGUGGCUGCGGCGUAGCGGGAGCGGGGGCGGAUGGCUAUGGCUACCUGGCGCCGCCCAAGUACCUGCAAUCGGGUUUCCUCAACAACUCCUGGCCCCUGCCGCAGCCGCCCUCGCCCAUGCCCUAUGCCUCCUGCCAGAUGGCUGCUGCUGCAGCAGCAGCUGCGGCAGCCGCUGCAGCAGCCGGCCCGGGCAGCCCCGGUGCAGCCGCGGUGGUCAAGGGGCUGGCUGGCCCCGCCGCUUCCUACGGGCCGUACUCGCGUGUGCAGAGCAUGGCGCUGCCGCCGGGCGUCGUGAACUCCUACAACGGCCUGGGAGGCCCUCCCGCCGCGCCCCCACCGCCGCCACCGCACCCCCACCCGCACCCUCACGCACACCAUCUGCACGCGGCCGCCGCACCCCCGCCAGCUCCGCCACACCACGGGGCUGCCGCGCCACCCCCGGGUCAGCUCAGCCCCGCCAGUCCGGCUACCGCUGCACCCCCAGCCCCCGCGCCCACCAGCGCGCCGGGCCUGCAGUUCGCCUGCGCCCGGCAACCCGAGCUCGCCAUGAUGCAUUGCUCUUACUGGGACCACGACAGCAAGACGGGAGCGCUGCACUCGCGCCUGGAUCUCUGA